AUGGAUUCGAUCACCUGUUCGACAUGUUUGGAUGAGGUCUCGAUCGGGAUGAAAAUGGUCACGAAUUGCUCACAUCAAUUUCACAAGGAUUGCGCAGAGGCAUGGCUCAUGCAAAGUCUCACGUGUUCCUAUUGUCGUCAGCUCGUCGAUUGGGUGGAUUUGUUACAAAAAGAAGGUGAAGCGCCCGUUUGGACACUUCUUCAACGAAUCACAUUGGAGGAAAGGGGUUUUGAAAUGGAGGAAGAAGACAGCGAUUACACACAGGAUGACUCGGAAGAGGAUGAAGGAGAUGUCGUCUGUGCUCGUUGCUCGGAAGUUCUCGAUUUGGAUACGCCGGGUCCGGUGACGGCCACCUAUUGUGAUGGAUCGAAUGGAUGCUUGGCUCACAUUCACAUCGCUUGCAUGACGGACGAUGAGGCGACGGUGUGGGGAUACGAGUCGACAUGGCAUUGCGAUUAUUGCACCGAGAUCAGGCGACAGGAUGCCGAAACGUCGCAGUAUGAGACCGCUCAGCAAGCUUCACAUCACAUGCAAAUUCCAUUCGGUCCACUAACCGUGCGCUGCCUGAAAUGCAAUGAAAUGAUCGAUGUGGCUGCUGAGGUGCCCAUGACUGCUACUCAUUGUGAAGAAUUCGAUGAUUGCAAAACUUUCUGCCACAUCAAGUGUAUGUCGGAGUCGGAAAAAGACCGGUGGAGGGAGGAGUGCAAAUGGGAUUGCGAAGACUGCGCGAACAAUGUUGACGAGGACCUUUCAUGGGUUGAGCACGUGAAUAGUACGCUGAUCACGAAAUGCUACAGAUGUCGGAAUCGAUUCGACAACGAGGGUGAAGAUUUCACGACGGCGGUUCGCUGUGGACAAUCUGAUCUAAAUGAUUGUGGCAUCUACGUUCACGUGGCUUGCAUGAGCGACCAAGAGAGAACUCGUUGGAAUGAGGACAAUCACUGGUUGUGCAAUGAUUGUCAUGUGAUGAAUGAAUUCGUGAAUUUG